AUGCUUCCUUCUUCGUUGGUCAGUCUCCUUUGGCUGUUACAACUGGCGUGGGCUUUUGUUCCGCUUACCCCGUCGUAUAUCAACAACAAGAAGAAGUUUUCCGUGUGGUCCAAGCAGAAGCCUCCCAAGGGCUACAAAGAGACAGCCGGGCUGAUCUCCAAGAAGAUCCAGAAGGAUGCUGCCGUUUCUACGAACGAUGGCUCCUUCACGCUCUCUACAGGCAUAUCCUUCAUUUUCUCGGAUGCCGAUGAAUACGCUUACUAUGUCAAUGCAGGCAUUGGCUCGUCGGAUUUUCCUCUUCUCAUAGAUACGGGUAGUGCUUAUUUGUGGGUCUACGACAGUGAAUGCAACGAUGACUCUUGCAGCGAUAAACCCUUGUAUAGUGCAUCCAGCAGCGGAAGUUCUUCUUCUUCGAAGACCUUUGAUCUCUCCUAUAACACGGGCACUGCUUCCGGUAUCAUUGUUCAGGACGAUGUCACCAUUGCGAACGUGGAGGCCGAAAGCUUCUCGUUCGGUGCUGCUUCUGUCGUUCCAGAUCUUUUUCAGGAUUACCCCUUCAGCGGAAUUCUUGGCUUGUCUGCGGGUAACGAAUCCUCAUCAAAUUUGAUCAAUAUAGUUGACUAUUUGUAUAAGAACGGUACAAUUGACGCUGCCAAGUUUGCUCUCUGUAUGUCCAAUUAUGUUGUCGAUGACUCGUUACAGGCAUAUGGUAACAAUUCUGGCCUUUUAAUAUUGGGUAGCGAUCAGCCAGACCUCUAUAUCGACCCUAUCUACUCUACAGACAUUCUUACGGACUCUUCAAAUCACUGGGAAGUGAAAAUUGACAAGAUUUUUGUCGAUGACUAUCAACUUCAGUUUCAGGCACUUAAAAUUCCGGAUUAUGGCUCGUCAAACAUUUCCAGAAUCGGCCUAUUAGACUCGGGAACAACUUCUAUCAUUCUCUCCUCUAAAGAUGCCAUCACUCUUCAUUCAUGCUUUGCAAAUUCUGAAUCGGAUGGCACCCAGUAUGCCAUUUACUGCAACACAACUUCUGUUGUAAGUCUCGAUAUUGCAGGACAUAAUUGGACCAUUACCUCUGAUCAGUACUUGGGUACUGCAUAUUCUGAAGAUUCCGGUCUCAGCGGCUACUGUGUUAGUAACUUCCAAGGUCUAGACUCCACCACCGAUGGAUCCUGGAUCUUAGGUAACAUUUUCUUGAAAAGUUACUACGUUGAGUUCGACUACGCUAACGCCAAAGUUGGCUUUGCCGAGAGAGCUGACAAUGUAGUUGUCACAAAAGGUUCACAGGAUUCUCUAGCUAUUACUAGCUCAGGAGCAGAGUCGUCUGCAGGUUCUUCUGCAUUUAGUUCAACCGCUUGCACUUCCUACUUUAAUUCUUCAAGCUCUACUUUGACUUCCUCCUCAGCCAACGCUUCGUCCACUUCCUCUAACUCCACAUCGUCCACGUCAGACUCCAAAGCCAGUGCAGCUCCUCUACUUCCCUCUUUCUUCCUCCUUUCAAUUAUGUUGGCAUCAUAUCUCAUAUAG